GGCGAACUCGCGCCCGCUGCGCUUCCUCACUUAUGGGGAAGAACUUUUUAAAGACUGGGUGGGAAAACUGAAACGGAGCUGUAACGGCUGCACAUCCCACAGUCCAAACGAAAUUUAAAGGAGCACCCCACUGUAAACAUGGAUGACAUCUUCACACUGUGUCGAGAGGGCAACUCCGUGGCGGUUCGACUGUGGUUGGACAACACGGAAAAUGACCUCAAUUUAGGGGACGACCAUGGCUUCAGCCCGCUGCACUGGGCGUGUCGGGAGGGUCGCGGUGGGGUAGUGGACAUGCUCAUCAUGAGGGGCGCCCGCAUCAACGUUGUGAACCGCGGGGACGACACCCCCUUGCAUCUGGCAUCCAGUCACGGCCACGCGGACAUUGUGGCCAAGCUGAUUCAAUGUAAGGCGGACCCCAACACGGUCAACGAGCACGGGAACACGCCGCUGCACUACGCAUGCUUCUGGGGACAAGAGACAGUAGCACAGGACCUGGUGGUGAGCGGGGCUCAGGUGUGUGUGUGCAACAGGUACGGACAGACGCCUCUGGACAAGGCUAAGGCUCACCUUAAGCAACUUCUUCAAGAGAAAGCAGAAAAACUGGGCCAGAGUUUGACCAAAGUUCCUUACAAGGAAACCUUCUGGAAGGGCACCAUGAGGACCAGGCCUCGUAACGGCACCCUCAACAAGCAGGCCGGUAUUGAUUAUCAACAACUUUCACUGCUGGCAAAAAUCAAUGAAAACCACUCAGGAGAGAGUUGGCAGGGUCGCUGGCAGGGUGACGACGUGGUGGUGAAGGUGUUGCAGGUGAGGGAGUGGAGCACCAGGAAGAGCAGAGACUUUAGCGAGGAGCAUCCCAAACUACGGAUCUUCUCUCACCCCAACAUUCUCCCUGUUCUGGGAGCGUGUCAGUCGCCCCCGGCCCCGCACCCCAUCAUCAUCACCCCUUACAUGCCGUAUGGAUCUCUGUUCAACCUUCUCCACCAGGGCACCACUCUGGUGGUGGACCAAAGCCAAGCGGUCAAGUUCGCCUUGGACAUCGCCAGCGCCAUGACCUUCCUUCACACGCUGGAGCCCAUGGUGGCACGUCUGUACCUCAACAGCAAACACGUCAUGAUUGACGAGGACAUGACAGCCAGGAUAAGCAUGGCGGACGCAAAGUUCUCCUUCCAGUGCGCCGGGCGCAUGUACUCUCCGGCUUGGAUGGCCCCGGAAGCCCUCCAGAAGCGCUCCGAGGACAUCAACAGGAGAUCAGCAGACAUGUGGAGCUUCGCUGUGCUCCUGUGGGAGCUGGUCACCAGGGAGGUGCCUUUUGCCAACCUCUCGCCCAUGGAGAUAGGCAUGAAGGUGGCUCUGGAGGGCCUGCGACCGACCAUCCCGCCGGGGAUCUCGCCUCACAUCUGCAAGUUGAUGAGGCUGUGCAUGAAUGAGGACCCCGCCAAGAGGCCCAAGUUUGACAUGAUCGUGCCUAUCUUGGAAAAAAUGCAAGACAAGUGAACCGCGCUGCGAUUGGCUGGCAACCAGUUCAGGGUGUACCCCGCCUCCUGCCCUAAGAGAGCUGGGAUAGGCUCCAGCACUUGUGAGGAUAAGCGGCUCAAAAAAUAGACAGAUGGAUGGAAGUGAACCGCGCUCACCUAUCUGCACUGCCGCUGUACAUGAGGUCUAUUAAACCACACAUUUUUCAGUAAAUAUAUGGCCGUCACUUUUCGUUUGAGUCUCGGAUGUAAGCUUGUGCUUUUUUUGUAUUAUAAUUUUUUUUUAAUUGCUAGUGGUCACUGUAAUAUCUGCUUUUAAAUGCAUAGUAGACUACUCAGUGACCUAUUAGCCCCAAAAAACAAAGAAAUGUGUACAAAGAUAACGUUGUAACUCCGCCAAUGCAAUAAAAAAUAUAUAUUUAUGACAAAACGUU